UUUAAAUCUAAUUAUUUUUUCUAGCAUUAAAUAAGUUCUUACACGUGCAUUUUUAGGACUAUAAAGCUUACAAUGUGUUGCUGCUUCUGUGUUUUCUUACAGACUAAAGACCAAAGUAUGAAUGUCCAGGGGUGCCAGGUUGAAGAGACCAUUCAACCUUCUGUUACCAAAGACCCAGAAGAAAAACAGCGGCGAGACAGCGAGCUUUAUUGUGCGACUCUGGCAGACAAGAACCAGCAGCUGGAGACUCAGAUUGCUGAACUGAAAGAGAGAUACAAACAGGAGAAAAUGAUUUUGAACAACAUUCAAGACUUCCAGAGGAUUAUUCCUUCACUGAAGCAGACAGUUACCAUGGCGAGGAUCAACAGACUGGAAGACCAAUUGAAAGAAAGGGACACCCUUCGAGAAUCAAUGGAAAAUGAACUCAAGGCUAAAAUAAGAGAUCUGGAGGCCAACUAUCAAGAGGCUGCCUUAAAAGUGUGGCAGAAAGAUGAGGAACUGAAGAAGACCACUGCGAGACUGAUGGAAAUGACUGAGAAGUACAACAAGCAGCAGAACUUGUCGGAUGCUGGAGUCCUGCAGGAGCUGAAGGAUGAACAAAAGAAGAGGGAGAAUGCAGAAAAAACCCUGCAGGAGCUGGAAACAGAAGUAAAAAGCCAGGAACAAAAGCUAGCGAGUUUAUUAAAUAAGGUGGAAAAUCUCCAUCAGGCGUUGAAAAGGACAGAAAACUCCCAGCAGGUGUUGAUGAAGGAGCUGGAGAACCACAAGCAGAACAACCAGCAACCUGGAAGAUCUCUGGCCAUUGAGGAGCUGAAGACCACUCAGCUGAAACAGGAUAUCCAGAUGACACCGAUCGGGGAUCUCUUCAAAGAGUGGCGAGACUGCAAGCUUUAUUGUGCGACUCUGGCAGACAAGAACCAGCAGCUGGAGACUCAGCUUGCUGAACUGAAAGAGAGAUACAAACAGGAGUUUAGAAGAAGAAUCAAGGAAGAGCAACAGUGGAGGGAGGAGAUUGAGGUAGAGGUGAGGAAUCUGAGGAUGGAGCUGGAAAAAAAGAAUGAGCUAUUUAUGGUCCAAGCAGAAGCAGAAUCUGAAGCCCAUGAAGACACAGCUUCAGUGCCAACAGAGAAAGAGGAAAUAGCUGAAGCAGAGGUGUCCUAAACCUACAUGGUGAAGAGAUUUUCUGGACAGAUCGAGCUUUUCCAGUUAGCUAAUCACAACUCUGCAACUGCCUUUUUGUUUAAAGCUUGGAAAACAGUCAAUUGAAUCACUUUAUUGAAUUGAUGAUGGUGUGAUAUAUUGACUUCUCUUGUGUAAAUUCAUGUCUAACAUGGUUAUUAGAGACAGUCUUAUAUGAGGGGUCAAAGACAAAUGAACUUGAAAUAAAUUGAAGGUGUGAAAUACUGAACAUGGUAAAAUUGAGUGCCCUGAAAUCCAACAUGUGAUUAAGUUCGCCUCUGAGAAAAUUCGAAUCUGUGAAUUUGGACGCCGCCAGGCCGGGACUGCUGCCGUAUUCCGAUCUACCGGAAGUAACAAAAAUUACACUGUGAACGAGAUGAAUGAUAAAACAGUGUUAAAAAUGGAGGCGCUGAAUGAAAACAGGCCAUGUUAAAUUUGAUAACCUUAUUUCUAACAUUAAUAUUUAUCAUGUUAUCCUUUUAAUGACCUCCAAAUUCACGGAUUCUAAUUUUCAGAGAGGCGAUAUUAAUUACAUGUUGGUUUUUACGGGACUCAAUUUGACCAUGUUCAGUAUUUCACAACUUGAAUCCAUUUCAAGUUAAUUUUUGUUACUUUGACCCUCAUAGUCUAAAUGAUUUUUACACAAAUAUCUUAUAUCUAAAACAAGACAUGUUUCUCUUUUAUAACUUAACUUCAAUAUAAAUAGUUUUCAGUUGUGUUUUAUCCCUGACUUAUAACUACAAAUCUUCCUUUGCACAUAAAAAUGUAAUUCAGAUUCUUUGACACUGUGAAAAUGUAAUACUCCAUAACAAGAUGUUUGAUGUGUUCUUUUAAAACUGUGAUUUAGGUUUAUUUUUUAAGAAAAGAUAGAGGCUUCUUUCUCAGCUGAAUUUAUGGGGGUGACCUGCAGGUCUGGAUCCUGGUCUGUAUAGAAACAGAGGAACAUGCAUAUAAUCUCUUUCAGUAUCUACCGAGGGCUUUGUUGCUUUAUUUCUUUUAAUAUGCUCGAGGCAGGAAGGAUCAGACAGUAACAAACGGUAACACAUGAAACCUGCAGAAGGUUUUUUACAGAUGCUGCUGAUGUAAACAUGUUUUACCUUUCU